AUGGUGGAAGUACCAACUGAGCUAACAGGCUUAGACCUUAAACUAGCCAAGCAGCCUAAAACUACACUCUUGAAACAAAUCGACAAGAAGUUCCUCAAUACUACUACUACUACUACACCCAGUGGUUUUGAUGCUAUAAUCUUUAUUAUAGUGAGUGACACGAGACUUGCAAAGAUCCAAGAAGACAUUGAAAAAAAUAUAGGAAUUUCAGAUGAAAAAAGGAAGAAGAAAAAAAUUGAUGAAAAAGCUAUAGACAUCUUCACCAUACUGCACAGAAAAAAGUUUCUGUUAUUGUUAGAUGAUAUAUGGGAGCCAGUGGACCUUGCAAAUUUUGGGGUUCCUCUUCCAAAUAGAGAAAAUGGGUCAAAGGAGAAGAACAUUAGUAGCCCCAUUAUAGCUCAACCCAGUAGUAGGAAAUAUGAUGUAAAACUCAAAGCUGCUGCUCGUGAUUCUUUCAAGAAGAAACGCGAAAGUGCUCUUAGGAUCUUAACAAGAUCCUCCAUGAGGAUGUCAGAUAAGGGAGAAAUUAUAGAAGAUGAGGUUGAUAAGAUGAGCAGAAUAUAG